UUUGGCCAUCUCUCUCUCUCUCCCUCUCUUUGUUUUCUUUUGUCUCUCUGAUAACUGAUAAGCCAAGUUUUUAAGCUGUAACAAGGCAGGCACGGUCUCUCAGGCAAAAAGAAUGGGUUACAAGCCAUCUGACAAGCCAAAAGCUAAGCACAGGAAGGGCUUAUGGUCACCUGAAGAAGACCUGAAGCUCAGAAACUACGUCCUUAAGCAUGGCCAUGGUUGCUGGAGCUCUGUUCCCAUCAAUGCAGGUUUGCAGAGGAAUGGGAAGAGCUGCCGAUUAAGGUGGAUUAAUUACUUGAGACCAGGAUUAAAGAGAGGGAUGUUUACACCACAAGAGGAGGAGACAAUCCUGACCCUUCAUCAUAUGUUAGGCAACAAGUGGUCCCAAAUUGCACAACAUUUGCCCGGAAGAACAGACAACGAGAUUAAGAACUACUGGCAUUCCUAUCUCAAGAAGAAAGUGGCAAAAGUUGAAGAAUCAGAAGCUAAGACCAGAACUCACUACACCACUUCAAGCUCAGAAAACACAGAAUCUAUUCUGUCUCCCCAAACCGUAAUAGGCCAAAUGCCAAGCUAUGACUCCUUGCAGCACUUUGAGAAACCAUCGAUAGAUAUCGAUCAAAGUUUUCCACAGCAUUUUGACUUUCCUAAAGAGCCUCAAAGGAGCUCCUUGCCAAAGCUAUUAUUUGCAGAGUGGCUAUCGCUAGAUCAAGAAGGUGGGAGCUUCGCAAAUUCAGUUAAGCCUGUGACUUCCUCAGACGGCUUUAAUCAAGUGAUCUUCAUGAUGGACUAAGCAAUUCAUCAAUAAAUGAAAUAUUUGGCUCGCAAUUCAAGUUCGAAGCCCAGAUUUCAGGAAAUGAGUUCGUCGAUUCUAUAUCCGGGGAUGACAUAUGCAGUAAUUUCAAUAUUAAUAAUGAUGUA